AAGUACACAUGUAUCAGCAUAUUAUUAAGAUGGUCACAAGAACUCUUGCUACUGAUAUAGCUAGUACAAGUAAAAGAGGUUGUUGAAUAAGAUGCACUACAUCAUCUGCUUACUGGCUUUGCUCUACUGUCAGACUAAUGCAAUAACUACAAAGACUGUCUGCCCAAGUUCAAGUCUCACCCUCACCCCAUCCUCACACCGUAUGCUCACCCCCACCACCACCCCCACCCCCACCCCCACCCCCACACCUCCACCCUCAACGUCUCUACCUCCUGCUACUACCGACACAGAUCCUGCUCGUGCAACUGAUAGUGCAUGGAUAGUGCUACCAGUGAUGCUAAUAGUAGUCUGUGCUGCUUUAUUGACAGUGAUUAAAGUAACAUCUCGAUCAGUUCCUGAAAAUCAAGAAAUGGAAAUGGACCCAAUGACAGAUGAGAAUGAAGCAUAUGGCCAGCUGGGGAAGAAGCUAGGUCACCUGACUAUCACUCUUUUGGCUACAUGGACGAGACAGACUUGACUAUUGCAGCCACACAAACCCCGGCCGACCUAAUAACAGUCAGUAAUGACACAAACUAUUACGAGAUUGAGGACGAGAUAGGAAUGACAACAAAUAAAGCUUAUGCUGGGACUAGAGUCACGGAUGUUGAGGUUGCAACUGACGCUAACAAGUUGAGUGGGACAGCAGAAAUGGCAAUGAUAAGAAAUGAAGCUUAUGCUGUGACCAGAGAUACAGUCCCAGACGUUGAGCAUGAGGACUACUAUUAUGAGUAUGUAGGACCUCUUGAAAUGUCUAACAUGUGAUUUUUAAUUUUUUACAAUAACAAACAAUACAAAAACGUUUGUGUGACAUAAAGAC